UUUCUCCUCUGUCGCGUCCCCUUAGACCACUGUUGCGAGUAUUCUUGGCUUUCUCCCUCUGUUGUAAUUGUGAGAGAGCUUGCGUUAAGUUUUUGAAGACUUCCCCAUUAGCAGAGACCAAUGGCUACUCUGAAUAGCAUUGCGCAGAGUUUGAAGAACAAGAGCAUCCUAAUCACUGGCUGCACAGGGUUUCUUGCAAAGAUAUUUGUGGAGAAGAUACUGAGGGUUCAGCCACAGGUGACGCGCUUGUACCUGCUGGUCCGUGCCUCUGAUGCCAAAUCAGCCAAGCAUCGCCUCGACAAGCAGGUGAUAAGCAAGGAGUUGUUCAGAGUCUUGAAAGACAUGCACGGUGAUGGGUUCGAUUCCUUCCUUUCUGAAAAGAUUCGCGCGAUCGCCGGUGACAUGGCGAUGGAGGACCUGGGGAUCCAAGAAUUUCAUCUCAAAGAGGAGAUCAUGAAGGAAGUCGAUAUUAUUGCCAAUGUUGCAGCAACUACCACCUUUGAUGAAAGGUAUGACAUAGCGUUGGACAUUAAUGCCCUGGGAGCUGAUCGAGUGAUGGCCUUUGCCCACCGGUGCCACAAACUGCAGAUGUUCCUCCACGUCUCCACAGCAUAUGUUUGUGGAUCCAAGUCCGGGGCGAUGCUGGAGAAACCGAUCCGAAUGGGGGAAACACCGAACGGGCAGAAUAACCUUGACAUUGAAGCAGAGCUGCGGCUAGUGAAGAAGGAACUAAAGGAGCUCCAAGCCAGAGGAGUUGAGAAGACGGAAGAAACUGCUGCUAUGAAAGAAUUGGGCCUCAAAAGGGCAAGGUCUUUUGGUUGGCCUAAUUCGUAUGCAUUUACAAAAGCCAUGGGAGAAAUGCUGAUCGGUGAGUCCAAAAGAGAUAUGCCGUUGGUGAUCAUCCGUCCAACUAUAAUCGAAGCCACUUUGGCCGAUCCUUUCCCUGGUUGGAUUGAAGGUUUCAGAACCGCCGGAAGCAUAAUCAUGAGCUAUGGCAAGGGCAGGUUGAAAUGUUUUCCAGGAAAUGUGAACCUCCCGUUGGAUGUGAUCCCUGCAGACAUGGUGGUGAAUGCUAUGGUGGUUUCCAUGGUGGCACAUUCCCGACAAUCGGCGUCAUUCAUCUAUCAUGUUGGAACGAGCAAACAAAAUCCAGUGAGGACAUCAAUAAUAGCAGAUUGUGCAUACCGCUACUUCUCCAGGAGUCCUUUGAAAGGGAAGGAUGGCAAGGCCAUUAGUGUCCGCAAACCAUUUCUCUACACUAGCAUGGACGAUUUCAAAAAGUAUAUGAAUUUCUACUAUAAUAUGCCCUUACAGGGAUUGAGGCUGGCAAACCUUGCUCUCUUCAAUAUUUAUGGGCGCCUGUAUGCGGACCUUACAAGGAAGUACAAUUUCAUCAUGUAUUUGGCUGAGUUAUACGAACCCUACGUCUUCUUUGAUGGAAGUUUUGAUGACAGCAACGCGGAGGGAUUGAGGAUGGCCAUGAAAGCCGGUGGCGUGGAGGAGGCCGGGUUGUUCGACUUUGAUCCGAAAUGUAUUAACUGGGAAGAAUAUUGUAUGAAGGUGUAUUACCCAGGCCUUGUGAGAUAUGUGAUGAUGCAGAAGUGAAUUGCUGCAUAAGGACUCCAAAAUACUUUUUAGGAGUCCCAUCUUGUACUGCUGGUAAUGGGGCAGUCGGCAUCUCAUCUGAGCAUCCGAAUGCUUCUGCCAAAUUCUUUAUUUUUACUAUGAUUUUGCAGAUUCUUUUGAAGAAAAAUAUAUCUUGUGUCCUGUGAGGGCAGAUCCUAAUCCAGUUUGCCUUUUCACUCCCACCUCUACGGUC